UCUAUAUCAUUUUAAUUGUUUACUUUUGUAUGUUUCCAGGCAGAAUCCAGGAAACGAAAAAGGAAGGCAGAAAGGGGGAUUGAUUAUAUUCUUCAGGAAGACCACGCUGCUUUACUCGCUGAUCUGAGUGCAAACUACAAGCGACGUUGCUAUCCCGAUCCUCAGGUUCCUUCACAAGAUUGUAGCCAGUUUGCGAUUCCCUGCAAAGAUUCCUGUCUUUCGCCCAAUGAUGAUUUAAUUCAUCCCAGUGAAGACUUCAACAAAGUUAGUGAUCCGGAAGUUGAGUUGUCUAUUUUUGAUAAUGGUAGCGUUGACUUACGCCCAAACAAUGACCAUUUGUUUCAAUUGGCUGAUGACAAAAGUGAUAGUGAUGGAGAAUAUUGUGAGGAGUAUUUUGACUAUGGUGUGAGUGAAGAUGACUUGAAGAAGACUGAUUUUCCUGACCAACUAGUAACUUAUAAGCUGGAUAGAAGUGAUGUCUCACAGGAUGUGUGGAGAAUAAUAACUGGAGGGAAAAAGAGCCCAGCUCAGAAGAUUUUUUAAGACAAAACUGAUUGACUGGGCAUUGCAGUACAAAUCAGUACCUAGAAAUGCUGUGGACUCCUUAUUACAUAUCCUUAAUGAUCAUGGUCAUUCUUCGCUGCCACUGUGCUCGAAAACACUCCUUAAAACUCCACGGAGUCUUGAUAGCAGAAUCAGAAUCGUUGCUGGUGGGCAAUUUUGGUAUCGUGGAAUCUUUCAAGGCCUUUCAUCAGUGCUAACGAGGAAUAUUUUUUUUUACUUGAAAAUGACGAAGUUGAGAUGGAUGUCUUUGGAGAUGGCAUUAGCCCUUUCAAGAGUGUGAAAAGACAUUUGUGGCCACUCGCUGGAUGCCUUGUGGGUCAGAAUACUCCAUUUGUGAUCGCUAUUUGGUGUGGUCCAACAAAAGAUCCCCAGUCUGUAGAUGAGUAUCUCCAUGACUUCAUUGAGGAAUUUAAAAUUUUGAGAGAUGGUUUCUCAUUUUUAAACAGAAACCUUAAACUGAAGAUACGCUUUUUCAUUGCUGAUGCUCCAGCCAGAGCCUGGAUUCGGAAGGUCAACCAACAUGGGAGCUAUUAUAGUUGUGAAAGGUGCACUAUCAAAGGGGGGUGGAAAUUUCGCAGAAUUACUUAUGACCCAACGUGUGAGGCAACUCUAAGAACAAACGAAUCUUUCGAGGAACAGAGUCAGCCACAGUACCACAAUGGAACAUCAACACUGCUGUCUAUAGGCAUCUCAAUGAUUUCUCAAUUUCCUUUGGACAUAAUGCACUUGGUGGAUCUUGGAUGCACUAAAAGGUUAUUAGCACUACUUCUGAAGAAGAAGGCGAGCAAAUUUAAGUUGUCCAAAGAAAGCGUAGGCAGUCUUGACACACUUUCCGGCUUUCUGUACCAUUUUGUACCCUCUGAAUUUUCUCGGAAGCCAAGGCCGCUUUCUCAGUGGUGUCUCUACAAAGCAGUUGAGUUCAGGAGGAUUUUUCUAUAUGAUGGAUUUUUGAUACUAAAAAAACAAAAAAAUAAAGAAGUGUACAAUUGUUACCUGCUUUUGGCUUGUGCAAUGCGAAUCUUUCUGGACCCAGAGCUACGUACGAAGUAUGGAGAGGAUGGUCAUAAAAUUUCUUCUGACUUUUGUAUCUUUAGCUAUGAUGUUUUGGGAGCUUCUUUUGUUGUGUAUAACAUUCAUCAUUUAAUCCACUUGUAUCAUGAUAUUCUUCUCCACGGAGACCCAAACAGCUUUAGUUGCUAUAAGUAUGAAAAUAAUCUUGGUCAGAUCAAGAGCUAUCUUCUUGCUCCGGGAAGAACUUUGCAACAAAAAUGUGUAGAAUGAUAGAA